AUUGGUCUAAAGUUUCCAUGGCCCCGCCUUUUGCCUGAUUGUCCUAAACCUCACCAAACCACUCAUACCCACAGGCGAUCGAGGUUACCGACACCUAUCAUAUCCCGUGCAGUGAUUCAUCACGAAUUUGCUAAUCUGGUGACUAAUUCUUCAUCAGACUUUAUGACAGGAACAAUUCACUUAACUUUUUGUCACGCAUUUUACUUCAGUUUAUAGGGUGUCCAGAGCACGACUUUUUGAAUGCUGUUCGGAAUACUUUAUAACGCGGAAACGUAACUUACUUUCCUAUUCUUGGAAGUCGUCCAACGCACCUGCAAUAAGGGGAAAAAACUUGCGGAAGAAACUGUCAGUUCAACUGUGUCAAAGUGACCGAUUCCGGCUGUGAUUUAAAAAUUAAAACCCAACCUCUCGAUGUGCAGCGUGCAGAUUGGCAGUCAAUAUAUGGAUUCUACAUAGGAAGGGAUGUACUCCUGUGGUUCAUUUCAAAGUUUCAGACAGACUUUGGCUGUUACGCGCCGCUUCUGAGAAGUGGCCACAAACUUCUGCUUGACUUCGUGUCCUUAUCAACUCAAGCGUGCCCUCCCGUACACACCGCUGAGACGGGCCCAGCGAGAGAACGCACCGGCCGGCUGCCGUCAUGGGCUGGCGUCCGUAUCCUGGAGCUUUCACGGUAUGGACAGUGACUGUUCUGGUGAUUGAGCUUGUUUGCACGGCCUUGGGGAAGAGGCAUGUGGUCUACUGGAACUCCACAAACACCAAGCUGGUAAAUGGAGACUACGCCAUCACGGUGGAUCUGAAUGACUAUCUGGACAUCCUCUGCCCGCACUACCCCGCUGACCUCCCGUCCUCCUCGUCGCCGCCGGAGACGCUGGCGCUCUACCUGGUGCCGGAGGCAGGCUUCCGCGGUUCAGAGACGCGGGGGGCCAUCAAACGCUGGGAGUGCAACAGCCCUUAUGCCCACGGCCCAGUGCGCUUCUCCGAGAAGAUCCAGCGGUUCACGCCCUUCUCCCUGGGCUUCGAGUUCCUGCCCGGACGACACUACUACUAUAGCUACUGUGGCGGAAGGCUGGGCACCACCACAAUACCUCGACUGGCUCAGUGGCUUAUCUGGAGUCAAAGAGGAACAUAA